AUGGAUCCUCGAGAAAUUAGAUUGCGAGAGUUUUUGUUCGCUAUUUUUACUACGGUACUUGGGAGCACUAUUUUGAUGAAAGCGGUUCAGUUCAAGAUAUGGCCGGAAGAUUUCAGCGAGCCAACGAGGGAAUUCCUCCUCAUCAAUGCUAUCGUUGCCACCAUCCUUGGUUUGGGGAACCUUGUUUUCCCGAGCCUUGGGCCCCGAAAACUCGCCAUCAUCUUCACACUUUUCACCAUGAGCCAGCUUUGGGCUGCACCUUUGGAUAUCGGAAGGAGCCUUGUUAAUCCUUGGGGAUAG